AUGGCUGGCCUCGUCCCCGAAUCCGUGCAAAAGGUGGCGCACGCCGCGCUCGGCUCCCGCGAAGGAGACAAGCUCAAAGACCUCGCUCACAACACCAAGGAUAUGACGGAUAAGGACCGACUGACAACAGACUAUGGCGUCAAGCAAAGUACCGCUGAUGACUGGCUCAAGGCGGCUAGCAAAGAUAAGACAGGGCCACUCCUAUUGGAGGACCCCUUUGCACGCGAGAGGAUCAUGAGAUUUGACCAUGAAAGGAUUCCCGAGCGAGUGGUUCACGCCCGGGGCGCUGGUGCCUUUGGCAAGUUCAGGGUGUAUGAUGGCAUCGAUGAGCUCACCUCCGCGCCGGUCCUGACCGACACAUCGCGCGAAACCCCUGUUUUCGUCCGCUUCUCUACUGUCCUAGGAAGCCGGGGCAGCAUGGACACCGCGCGCGACGUGCGUGGUUUCGCCGUCAAGUUCUACACCGAAGAGGGGAACUGGGACCUCGUCGGCAACGACAUACCCGUCUUCUUCAUCCAGGAUGCCAUCAAAUUUCCAGACGUUAUUCACGCCGGCAAGCCCGAGCCACACAACGAGGUGCCCCAGGCCCAGUCGGCUCACAACAACUUCUGGGACUUCCAGUUUAACCACACCGAAGCGACACACAUGUUUCUGUGGACGAUGAGCGACCGGGCUAUCCCUCGUUCCUGGCGCAUGAUGCAGGGCUUUGGUGUCAACACGUUUACUUUGAUCAAUGCAAAGGGCGAGCGGCACUUUGUCAAGUUCACAUGGACCCCCGAACUCGGCGUGCACUCGUUAGUGUGGGACGAGGCACUCAAGCUCGGCGGCCAGGACCCCGACUUCCACCGCAAGGACCUCUGGGAAGCCAUCGCGAACGGCGUGUUCCCCAAAUGGAAGUUUGGCAUCCAAGUCAUCCCCGAAGCCGACGAGCACAAGUUCGACUUUGACAUCCUCGACGCCACCAAGGUCUGGCCCGAGGACCUCGUCCCGACCCGCUACAUCGGCGAGAUGGAGCUCAACCGCAACCCCGACGAGUUCUUCACCCAGGUCGAGCAGAUCGCCUUCUGCACCAGCCACGUCGUCCCCGGCAUCGGCUUCAGCGACGACCCGCUCCUCCAGGGCCGCAACUUCAGCUACUUCGAUACGCAAAUCUCCCGCCUCGGCGUCAACUUCGAAGAACUCCCCAUCAACCGCCCAACCUGCCCCGUCAUGAACUUCAACCGCGACGGCGCCCUCCGCCACACCAUCACUCGCGGCACCGUCAACUACUGGCCCAACCGCUUCCAAGCCUGCCCGCCCGCCAGCGCCGCCGAAGGCGCCUACGUGGAGUACGCCCAAAAGGUCGCCGGCAUCAAAGCCCGCAUCCGCAGCGCCAAGUUCCAAGACCACUUCAGCCAGGCCCAGCUCUUCUGGAACAGCAUGACCCCCAUCGAAAAACAUCACAUCAUCGCCGCCUUCGCCUUCGAGCUCGACCACUGCGAGGACCCCGUCGUCUACUCCCGCAUGGUCAACCGCCUCGCCGACAUCGACCUCACCCUCGCCCAGACCGUCGCCGAGCGCGUCGGCGGCGACGUCCCCACGGAGCCGGGCCGGCCUAAUCAUGGUCGUCGCGCACCCGCCCUCAGCCAGAUUGAGUUUCCGGGGUCGUCGCCGACGAUUGCCUCACGCCGUGUUGCGAUCCUGGUGGCGGAUGGGUAUGAUGCGGUCGCGUAUGAUGCGGCGUAUGCCGCGCUGUCGGCGGCCAUGGCCGUGCCGUUGGUGAUUGCCCAGCGGCGGAGUAAGGUGGUGGCGGCGGAUGGGAAGGCGUCGGUGCAGCCGCAUCAUCAUCUGGAGGGGUUUCGGUCGACCAUGGUUGACGCGGUGUUUAUCCCGGGCGGUGCGAAGGCGGUGGAGACGCUGGGAAAGAAUGGGCGCGCGCUGCAUUGGGUGAGGGAGGCGUUUGGGCAUUUGAAGACGAUUGGGGCGACGGGGGAGGCGGUGGAGUUGGUGGAGAGGGCGAUUGGCCUGCCGAGUGUUACCGUGUCGACGUCGGGAGAGGUGCAGGAGAGUUAUGGAGUGGUGACGAUCAAGGAGUUGAGGCCGGAGAGCUUGGGUGAGGCGGUCACCAUUGCGAAGGGGGCGAGGGGGUUCAUGGAGAAGUUCUUUUAUGGCAUCUCGCAGCAUCGUUGUUGGGAGAGGGAGCUGGCCGGGUUGAAUGCCCAGGUUGCAUAUUAG